AUGGCGUAUGGACCCCUCCGGGAUCUUCUGAAGUUGACGCACGGAACAGACUCCGAUUAUUUCACGGCAGUUGCCAAAUUAAAGCCGUAUUUCAACCUCGAAACGAUCGGAUACAUGAUUACGGACUAUGACACUCGCGCCGUCGGGUAUCUUUUUGGAUACUGCGCCGAAGCUGCAGAUAUGAUUGUUACCAAAGAAAUCGCCUACAGUUCGUGGUCCGACAGCACUAUGACUGAUAUUCACGAGGAGUACAAAGGAGCGUCUGCUAUCCUGAUACACAACUUUUCAACUUCGGCCGAUGUCUCCUCGAUUGUGAACUCGGUCGUCGACGACGAUAUUGCCGCAUUAUAUGCCACGUCGGACUGCUGUCAUAACGUCAAUGAUCCAACUUUGCUAGACGAGAUUGCUGCCGAUCUCUAG